AUGUUUUACCAAUGGCACUCACCGUUGCCGGGCACCCACUGGCACCUCCUUUCUCAACCUCCGGCUCCGACGUCAUACAUCACGACCAACAACUUCCGCCACCCGCGCCGCAUCCCAAACCCCGAACUCAACGCCGAGAUCUACACCCGCGACAUCCCCUCCCUCUCCUCCACCUUUACCCUCCGCGUCGUCGACCCCAACUCAACCGAACACCUCCAUGCCUUCCACGAAUGGCAAAACAACCCCCGUGUUGACUACUUCUGGGGAGAAAAAGGAACGAUCGAGGCGCACAAGACGUAUUUGGAGAAUGUUACGAAGGAUCCGCAUACGCUUUCGUUGAUUGGGUAUUUUAAUCGUGAGCCAUUUGCGUACUUUGAGACGUAUUGGGUUGCGGAGGAUCGUCUUGCGCCGUUCGUGUCUCCUGCGGCUCUCCCAUACGACCGAGGUCUCCACCUCCUCGUCGGUAACGAGAAGUUCCGCGGCCCUCACAGAGUCAAGGCAUGGCUCUGGUCGAUCCUCCACUUCUUGUUCUUGGACGAUGUGAGAACCGAGAGGAUCUUGAUGGAGCCCAGGGCCGAUAACGAGAAGUUGUUGGCGUACUUGCAGGGUGAGGGAUUCGCGAAGAAGGGAUGUUUCAAUUUCCCGCAUAAGCAGUUUGCGUUGAUGGAGCUGUCUCGUGAAGAGUUCUUCAGGAAACCGAUGAGGAAUUAG